AUGAUAACGCCAAAGAACCAUCGGUCGCCCUUGCGCAAGUCGUCAGAGGCAGGAAGAGUUGGCGGAAGAAUGCAGACAAGAACAAACCGAUUUGCAAUGGUCUGUCCCCGUCACACCGGCUACAUCAAGAAGGCGUCAAAGGUGGACAAUCAUCGCACUACGACAGCUUCCCUUAUGGGUCAAUUGCAAAUUGCAUUUUGUCUGAAUGUUGUAAGGUGGCGUCUUUGGCAUUACCUCUGGGUUGGAAUGCUUGCUUUCCUCGAGGUUACUGAAGUGGACGUGGUUGAGAAGUCAUUUGAAACUAGCAUUCAGACACUUGAAACCCACUUCUUCAUUUUGCCACAUGCCAUAUUUACCUUAGUCAAAGUCGCAUUCACCAACAACUGUAAAUGCAACUCCGCUCUCUCUCAUCCCGACAAUGACAAAUAA